UGACUAGCAAUGCUUCAAAACUACAUACAUUCAGCGCCACGUCUCCGAUUCCGAACGGAAACCUUGAGUUAAUGUUACGGAAGCAAGUGGCAUGUUAUUGAUGAAGUUAUAUUUGGCAAGGCCAGUUGACUUGGUGAUGAGAGGAGCAAACAGAGAACCGGGUAGGUUGUGACAUGCUCUCUCAUUGGUUCGCUGUUUCAUCUCCGGAAAUAUGAUGUCAAUCAUAUUUCAUAUCAAGAGACAAGUAAGUGAUGCUCAUGGUUCAGUCGGUCAUAACGAAGUCGUCGAACUCGAAGUAAUCACUCAAAGCUAUUAAAAGCAAGUAGACCAAAUGCCUGCGUUACAAUCUCAGUUUGCUGCCAUGUCUACAGAUGUUCUAUCAUUGUCUGAUCAAAUCUUGAACAAUUCUUCAAGUAUACUCCUUCUUGAUUGCCGUCCGUACAACGAGUUUUCUCAAUCUCAUAUUUUUACGGCAAUAAAUCUCGCUGUACCUUCUCUUAUGAUGCGACGCUUAAAGAAAGGUUCUUCUGUCAACUUCUCUAACAUGAUUAACUCUGAAGAAGGCAAGCGACGUUUUGGUAAACGGGAUUUGAUAGCUAAAAUUGUGUUAUAUGACAGCAGCAGUGAGAAUGUUACCAAUACCGCUCUUGAACUUAUACUACAACGACUCUCCGCGGAAGGACUCAACAAUAUAUUUUAUUUAAAAGGUGGUUUUAACUUGUUCAAGGGAAGCUUUCCUAAGCUUUGUGAGUCAGUCGAGGAGAGAGAAGAAACGAAUUGUCCUUCGUACAUUCGUCUGUCGGAUCUUCGUAUUACUGGCGAUAUAUCAAGUCCUUGUGAACCCAGCAGUCCAUUUGUCGACGCUCAUGUGAAGAAAGGCGCUGUUGAAAUUUUGCCCAAUUUAUAUCUUGGCAAUGCGAGGGACGCCUCCAAUUUAAGAGAACUUUUGGACAGAAAGAUUACUCAUAUUUUAAACGUUACCAAUGAUAUUCCAAAUAAAUUUGAAAACGACCCUCGCUUCACAUAUUUGAAUGUUAAAGUCCGAGACAACUGGCAGACGAACCUGACCGAUCAUUUUGCUACGGCUUUUAAGUUUAUUGAUGACGCCCGAUUACAUGGUAAAACUGUAUUGGUUCAUUGUCUGGCUGGUAUAUCUCGUUCAGUAACCAUCACAACUGCUUAUCUUAUGGAACACGAGCAUCUGAGUUUGAACGAUGCCUAUGAUCUUGUCAAACGUCGAAAAUCUGAUAUCUCGCCAAAUUUCAGUUUUAUGGGUCAACUGUUGGAGUUCGAACGUCUUUUGAAUAUUCCAGCGACCCCAAGUUCUGCUUCGAGCAGUCUUUCGUCGACGAGUAGUCUUGAAAUGGAGAUUGGCGGCUUUUAAAUUCUUUUCACACCGGAUUUGCUCGUAUGAAAUGAAAAAUCGACAUUCCAAAGACAACCAAGAUUUUUAUUCAUUCACUGUUAAACUCAUUGAAGUUAAAAAAACGUUUCAGCUAAACUUCACAUGCUUUGUUUUUCUGUCUGGCUUAUGAAAUUGACCAGAACUUCUGCUAUUUUUAUUUAACACCUCGUUAUUGGCAACUCCGACUACGUAGAGUGAAAGAAAACACUACAUUGGUUCUAUUGAACAUACUUUGGAUUACUUACAUCACCUCAUCUUCACUGAAUCUAAAUCAGCUCUAUUUCAAUCGUAUAUUAAUCCAAGAUUAUACUUGUAAAUAACAGAUUUCUAUAAAGAGUUACAUAUUUAUAUAUUGAUUGUAAAUUCACAUUAAAAUUUGUAGUUAAAA